CUAAUAUAAAAUAAGUUAUUGUACAAAGACUUUUGAAUAUAUAUUUUUUCAAUUAAUGAACCUGGCUCGGAUAAGUUUCAAAUAUGUUGCCUUAAACAUAAUAAUCUCUUAAUUAAAAAUCUGAUUAUUUUCUUUGUGUUUAUAAAAUUGGGCUUCUGUUUUUUAUUCAUAGAUGCUCUUUAGGCCUUUUGUUUAUUAUUCAUAGAUGCUCUUUAUUUCCAAUCUGAUUUGAUUAAUUUAGAGUUGUUUUAGGAAUGCCUCUAUAUGGUUUCUAUUAAUUUACAUUGAAAGAUUAUUUGUUGUCUCAUUUCUGAACACAUUAUAGGCUUACUGAUACAUAAGUCACACCAUCUAGAGUGUUUUAUUUUGUUUGACAUCAUAUGCAUAUGGAUAUAUGGGUUGGACCUAUAACUUACCCUUUUGGGCCGGGUUAUAUACCCUUAAAUUAAUGGAUCUGAAGAUGCACACACUUUCAGCAGUCAUUCACUCUUUCUUCCAAGUACGCAGCAGUUUCAGGGUUUCUCUGCUAUAGCGCCACCGCCACCGCCACUGCCGUCAUCGCAGACUGAGGAGGAGGAUUCAAGGUCUGUUUGUCUCUUUCUCAACGCUUCUAUCUUUGGAAAAUUGGGGACUGUUGGUUUUAUUGGCACAGCACUUAGGUGCAAAGAUGGCUGCAGCUUUCCCUUCCAAAUCAUUGCGUGCUGCCCGUUCAUUGUUGGGAGGCCUUGGCAACAAUCUUGGUGUACAGGGAACGCCACAUGAGAUGUCAUGCAGUGAGUUCUUGUUUCAG